GCCCCCGCGCCCGUGACCCAGGCGAGGACCCGGCUGGCCGCGCGCCGCCGCCGAGAGGAAACACAAUGUCGGUCAGCGUGCACGAGAACCGCAAGUCCAGGGCCAGCUCCGGCUCCAUCAACAUCUACCUGUUCCACAAGUCUUCCUAUGCCGACAGCGUCCUCACGCAUCUGAACCUUCUGCGCCAGCAGCGCCUCUUCACCGACGUCCUCCUCCACGCGGGGAACAGGACCUUCCCCUGCCACCGGGCCGUGCUGGCCGCGUGCAGCCGCUACUUUGAGGCCAUGUUCAGCGGCGGCCUGAAGGAGAGCCAGGACAGCGAGGUCAACUUCGACAACUCCAUCCACCCGGAGGUCCUGGAGCUGCUCCUUGACUACGCCUACUCCUCGCGGGUCAUCAUCAAUGAAGAAAACGCAGAGUCGCUCCUGGAAGCCGGCGACAUGCUGGAGUUUCAGGACAUCCGGGAUGCGUGCGCCGAGUUCCUAGAAAAGAAUCUGCAUCCCACCAACUGCCUGGGCAUGCUGCUGCUCUCCGACGCACACCAGUGCACGAAGCUCUAUGAACUCUCCUGGCGAAUGUGUCUCAGCAAUUUCCAGACCAUCAGGAAGAACGAAGAUUUCCUCCAGCUGCCCCAGGACAUGGUGGUGCAGCUCUUGUCCAGCGAAGAGCUGGAGACAGAAGAUGAAAGGCUCGUGUACGAGUCUGCAAUUAACUGGAUCAGCUACGACCUGAAGAAGCGCUACUGCUACCUCCCAGAGCUGCUGCAGACGGUGAGGCUGGCCCUCCUCCCCGCCAUUUACCUCAUGGAGAACGUGGCCAUGGAGGAACUCAUUACCAAGCAGAGAAAGAGCAAGGAGAUAGUGGAAGAGGCCAUCAGGUGCAAACUAAAAAUCCUGCAGAACGAUGGCGUGGUGACCAGCCUCUGUGCCCGGCCUCGGAAAACCGGCCACGCUCUGUUCCUCUUGGGAGGGCAGACCUUCAUGUGCGAUAAGCUGUAUCUGGUAGACCAGAAGGCCAAAGAGAUCAUCCCCAAGGCCGACAUCCCCAGCCCAAGAAAAGAAUUCAGCGCGUGUGCAAUUGGCUGCAAAGUAUACAUCACCGGGGGCCGGGGGUCUGAGAACGGAGUCUCGAAAGACGUCUGGGUGUAUGAUACCCUGCACGAGGAGUGGUCCAAAGCCGCCCCCAUGUUGGUGGCCAGGUUUGGCCACGGCUCUGCCGAACUGAAGCACUGCCUGUAUGUGGUCGGGGGGCACACGGCCGCAACGGGCUGCCUCCCGGCCUCCCCCUCCGUCUCUCUAAAGCAAGUAGAACACUAUGACCCCACGACCAACAAGUGGACCAUGGUGGCCCCACUCCGAGAAGGUGUCAGCAACGCGGCGGUGGUGAGCGCCAAGCUCAAGCUGUUCGCUUUCGGAGGUACCAGCGUCAGUCAUGACAAGCUCCCUAAGGUUCAGUGUUACGAUCAGUGUGAGAACAGGUGGACGGUGCCCGCCACCUGCCCCCAGCCCUGGCGUUACACGGCUGCAGCUGUGCUGGGCAACCAGAUCUUCAUCAUGGGUGGGGACACCGAGUUCUCGGCCUGCUCCGCCUACAAAUUCAACAGCGAGACGUACCAGUGGACCAAGGUGGGAGACGUGACCGCAAAGCGCAUGAGCUGCCACGCUGUGGCCUCCGGAAACAAACUCUACGUGGUCGGGGGAUACUUUGGCAUCCAGCGGUGCAAGACUCUGGACUGCUACGACCCCACGUUAGAUGUGUGGAACAGCAUAACCACGGUCCCGUACUCGCUGAUCCCCACUGCGUUCGUCAGCACCUGGAAGCACCUGCCUUCCUAAGCGCGGCGCCCUUCGGGGGAUGAGCGUGAGGUUGUUCCGUCGCUCGGUGAGACAGAAGGAGAUUUGUACUUUGGAGACGCCAAAGGUAAUGAAGAAAGAAGGAGGAGGAGGAGGAGGAGGAGGAGGAGUUGCUCCCGGACCCCAGAGCAACACCCCCACCUGUACAUUCCCUGGCUGGACGUGGGGGGCGGGGCUCGCCAGGAGCCGCCGUUAACAUGAACGAGUGAACCUGUGAUCUAGUCCUUGUCCUGUAAUUGUGGAUUAAUGUCCGCGUUAAUCGGCCCCUCACGGGCGGAGGAAAGCCGGGCCUUUCCCUUGCUGUACUAUAUUCAGCUUUUGAUUUCCAUGGGCUCCACCAUUUAUGUGUAAAAUUUGCAACGGUUGUCACCUCUCCGAGGAGCGAGCCCGAGCCUCCUGCCAGCUGCUGUCGCCCGGUGAGGCCCGGCUGCGGGCCCAGACGGAGGCCUGGCGCCCCGAGGCUCCGAACAACGCCGACGUUCGCGCAUAGGUGUUCUUUCUCUAUUUAUAAGUGACUUUAAACUCUCCCUCGGCUGUUAAGAAACUUGUUAUAGAUUUAGCUAUUUAUUGUCCGACGCCUGCAUGCUGAAACAAUGCUUACGAUUGUCUUCGCGUGUACGGGAGCGUGUGAAUGGUUGUAUGUUUUGCACAAUUUCGUGGCUGUUGUGAAGUGCUUUGCUGCACGAAAAUGAGAACUCGGGAGUUAAAAUUUGGAGUUUAACUGGAGGGUGGGUUGGGACGGGGGGGUGGGUCGUAGAUGUCAAGACAGGGAAGGAGUAUAAGUCGGAAACGAAUGACAUCGUAGACGUAGAGAAAGCAUGAAGGACACUUUUUUAAGACUCACGGACUUCUAACUAAUGGGGUUUCAUGGGCUCUGGUCAUGCUGAUGGCUCAUGGGGUGGGGCACGUCUUCAGUUGACCGUGUUCCUUCCCAUCUGAUUCACCUACUUCCAUCUCAGCUACUGAAAUUUAGGAAGGACCAAGUCGCUCUGCAGUUUUUUUUUCCCCUUUGUGUAAUAAUCCUAAAAUCCUGGAAAAUUCUAUGGACUAGUUCUGUAUAUAGGGCACAGGUAAAGGCAUUGUCCAAAGUUUAUUUAUUUAUUUAUUACCCCGUGAGAAUGCUUUGCCAAACCCACAGUUCAACAGGAAAAAGCUGAGCUGCCACAGACGUACAUUAACUCCCUCGCCAGAUCGGUUGGCCCUGGACUCAUCGUUCCCUCUUCUUGAUGUGCGAUCCAGCAAGCGGUAGAAGUUUUCCGAGGCCACGUUCACGUUGGUACAAUGUACACUUGCGUGCUCACCCUUGGGUAAGUCUCUAGAACAGAACUCUUCGGUGCACAAGAGUGACGCGUUUGGCCAGGUGAACACCGAAGAAUGGCGAGCCGGUGGCCCCUGGUGAGGGGUUUCCCGGGACGGACGGUCGGGGACCUGUUGUGAAUACAUUCUUUGCUAGUUCGUGUGCUUGUUUACUAACUCGUGCCGUGGUAGGUAUUAGUGCUAGACCCAGCUUGGUGCUUGCCCAGAGGUGCCUGGGGAACACCGGAGUUUGCAACUCGCACCGCUUUCGUCGAUGUUUCUCACGUUGCUGUAGUUUUAGAAAAUAGGGCUUUAGACUGAUGAUAACCUUCUACAUCGUGAGUGUGUUUGCAUUGUCUAGUGACCGAUGAAUCCUUAACAUUUCUCUUUACCUGGACACUUCAGACUAACUGCACAUGUCCGUUCGUGCCAUGAAUAAGUGGGCUACAGUUGGACCAGAAUAAAUGAGCCCUUGGAAUGAAAGCGCCACAAUACUCUUCCAGCAGUCAGUUCCCCGCUCCUGGAUGUGUUCUAAGCAAUGCAGAUGUCCGAUUGUGCCCCGGCGGCGGCGCGGCGGCGGCGGCGUCACAUUGUGGCAGCCACGGCGCUCUAGUUUAUGAUGCAAAUCUGCCGAGAUGUGUGUGUCGCUGCGUGACUUCUGAAAGCAGGAUGAAUUUUCUGCAGCUGUUUCAAAGUUGUGGCGUGUCCUUGAAUCCUCUAUUAAUUACUGUGUGCGAGCCGGAGGGAGCCGUGGCCGGGGUGGGCCUCCAGCCUGCAGGGAACUUUCUGGACUCCCGCUCUUUGAAUUGAUGUAGGCAUUUGGGCUCGCUACUUGACCAUUCUCACCCUGUGAAACGUCCCCCACUUUGAAGCAAAUACGAUUCACGGCGCAGCGCGCACAAAAACCUUGGCGUAAGACGGAGAAGGUUCUUCUUAUUCUGUGGACUGGUUGCUGUGGAAACCGAUAACAAAGGGCAGCCUUCCACUUCUGGUAUAAUUGUGUAGCCCCCUUUUCUCUGGGCUUGACACCUGUCUGAAUAAGAGUGAUUAGAGCUGAAUAAUAUCCCUCGCUUGGCUAUUGAGUAUGUGGUUCACGUACAGAACUCUGUGUAAGUUGAAGUGUUCAUGUUCAUGUGUGCUUGUCUGCUACUACGUUUUUGAAGUUUUGUAAAACUGUUGUUUUUUUUUUUUUUUCACAAUGUGAAACUGAAGGUCAAAUAAAUUAUUAGAGAUUUUCUCUUCA